AUGUUGAAUAAAUCAUCCCAGCUGCUACUGAUUUUAUGGAACAUUCUCCAUGAGAUGGAAAGUCAGAAACCACCACAGGGUUUUAAGUAUGCUUCCUAUGAGGUGACCAUUCCAAGGAAAGUGAAGCCAAGAGGUGGACAACAAGAGACACUAGAGGUCACCUACCAUUUGCAAAUUGAAGGCAGAGGUCACAUGGUGCAUCUUAGCCAGAAGAAGAGCUUUGCUCCUAAAAACAUUCCUGUCUUAACCUAUUCUAAGCAAGGAGAACUCCAGGUAGAUUAUCCAUUCAUUCGGAAUAACUGUUUCUACCAGGGUUAUGUAGAGGGAAAGCUCUCUUCUUUGGCUGUCAUCAGCACUUGUUCAGGGGGACUUAGGGGUCUACUUCAAUUAGAAAACAAAACCUAUGAAAUUGAACCUAUCCAGGCAUCUCCUAACUUUCAACAUGUAGUAUAUCGACUGGAAGAAAAGGAGGGUGAUGAAAAAAUGAAGUGUGGAGUAACAAAAGAAGAUCAAAACUACCAGGAGAGCAUGAUGCCAAGCACAGAGAAUGAACUAACCAAAAGUAACUCCAGAAGUGACUGGUGGUCACACACCAGGUAUGUGAAGGUAGCAAUUGUGGUAGAACAUGAACGAUAUUUGAAAUUUGGCAAAAAUGAAACCUUUAUUGGUAUACAAGUUCUGAAUAUUGUCCACAUUGCAAAUUCAUUUUAUGAACCACUUUCUGUUCAGAUAUCUGUUGCUGGAUUAGAGAUCUGGUCAGAAAAAAAUCUCAUACACAUUGCUCAUAGUGCACUUCAAACUUUCAAUUCUUUUGUCAGAUGGAGGAGAAGAUCACUAAGUAAGCGUCUGGAAAAUGAUGCGGCCCAUUUAUUUGUAUACAAAUAUUUUGGAAAGACACUAGGACUAGCACCUGUAGGAACAAUUUGUGAUGACAUAGGAGCAUCUGCUGUAGAAUCAUAUGUGGAAUACAGCUUAUUAUAUUUUUCUGUCAUAUUUGCCCAUGAAUUAGGACAUAUUCUUGGAAUGAGGCAUGAUGGUAUUUAUUGUAGGUGUAAUCGACGUUCUUGUAUCAUGGAUGAAUAUCACACAAGCAGUGAUAUGUUCAGCAAUUGCAGUUACAAAGAAUAUUUCAACCUAAGGAAUGCAGAUUGUUUGUUAAUUCCACCAGAUCACAAUAAAGUAUAUAAAGUCAAAUAUUGUGGAAACAAAGUAGUAGAAAAGGGAGAACAAUGCGACUGUGGUUCCAAAGCUGACUGUGAAUCUGAUCAAUGUUGCAAGUCUAACUGUAGAUUGCGUUCAGGUGCUAUUUGUGCAUUUGGACAGUGCUGUGUAAAAUGUCAAUAUCUGCCAGCUCAAUCUAUUUGCAGAGAUAACACUAGUAUCUGUGAUCUUCCUGAGUAUUGCAACGGUACUUCUGAAUGGUGUCCUAAAGAUGUUUAUGUACAAGACGGUGCCCCAUGCGAUGAGGAUGCAUACUGUUAUCAUGGAAAUUGUAGUACUCAUGUUAGGCAAUGCAAAAUGAUAUUUGGAAAGAAAGCCACAGCUGCUUCAAAGAGUUGCUUCAGACACUUAAAUGCAGAGGGUGAUCGUUUUGGUAACUGUGGCCUGAACCAUGGAACUUACACAAAAUGUCGUGCUGAGAAUAUCAUGUGUGGCCGAAUCCAGUGUGAAAAUAUUGAUAUAUUACCUUCUCUGGAGGAACAUAGUACCAUAAUUCAAUCAUCCAUUGGUGAUAAAGAGUGCUGGAGUACAGACUAUCAUGGUGGAAUGAGGAUAGCUGAUAUUGGAGCUGUGAGGGAUGGCACACCUUGCGGCACGGAUAGGAUGUGUAUUGAUGGGCAGUGCCUCGAUGUGUCCCUCUUGAAAUAUGAUUGUAAUAUCACAAAGUGCCACAAUCGAGGAAUAUGCAACACUCAAAAACAUUGUCACUGUGAUUAUGGCUGGGACCCUCCAGACUGUGUAAUUAGAGGCUAUGGAGGCAGCCUUGACAGUGGUCCCCCUCCACCAUGGAAUCAUGAUUUGAAAAACACCAGAAAACACAAUUUAUUCAAAAGUUUCUUUUUUAUUUCUCCAGUUGUUGUUGUUGUUGGCCUGGGUGUAUUUUUCAGGGCAAAGUUAAUAUAUCAGUGUUCAACACUGAGGGAAUGGGUCCAUCCAGCAGUCAAAUCAAAAUGGAAUUCUACAGAAAAUCACCAAAUUUGA